GUCACGAUCCAGAGUGGCAGUUGACACGCGGAAAAAGAGAGUCACGCGCGCGGAGCGUGAGAAGUGAAAGAAUCCAAAGACAAAAACACGCGUAAGAGUGCGCAGAAAAGAAAGAGAGAGGUCGAGUCUGAAUGGAAAGAAUUUAACCAAGAAAAGAGCGCACAGGUGAAAGAGAAAGAGAUAGAGAGAGGAGUGGAUGAUAGAGAGCAGGGGACAGAGCGCGCGGGAGGGAGAAAUAUGGCCACGGUCACGGCGGAGAAUGGUUUCAGCACCGCGGACAGCUCCGGCAGAAUGAACGGACUCAACAGCGCCUCGAUCCCAAUGAAAGAUCACGACGCCAUCAAGCUCUUCAUUGGCCAGAUCCCGCGUAAUCUCGAGGAGAAAGACCUCAAGCCGCUCUUCGAGGAGUUUGGCAAGAUCUACGAGCUCACCGUCCUUAAAGACAGAUUCAGCGGGAUGCAUAAAGGAUGUGCCUUUCUAACAUACUGUGCCAGAGACUCAGCGCUGAAGGCCCAGAACGCUCUUCAUGAACAAAAGACUUUACCCGGGAUGAAUCGGCCCAUCCAGGUGAAACCUGCCGACAGUGAAGGACGAGGAGAAGACCGGAAGGUGUUUGUAGGGAUGUUGGGUAAACAGCAGAGUGAAGAUGACGUCCGGAGACUGUUCGAUUCAUUCGGUCACAUAGAGGAGUGCACGGUGCUCCGGGGUCCUGAUGGGGCCAGUAAGGGUUGUGCUUUUGUGAAGUUCUCCAGUCAUUCAGAGGCUCAAGCAGCUAUUAACAGUCUCCAUGGUGGACAGACCAUGCCAGGAGCUUCUUCCAGUCUUGUUGUGAAGUUUGCAGACACAGAUAAAGAACGAACUCUCCGUCGGAUGCACCAGAUGGCUGGUCAGCUCGGGAUCUUCAGCCCCAUGACCAUACAGUUCGGAGGUUAUGGAGCGUAUACACAUGCUCAGAUCAUGCAGCAGCAGGCCACUCUUAUGGCAGCGUCGCAGAGCUCCUAUCUGAACCCGAUGGCAGCCAUUGCGGCCGCUCAGAUGCAGCAAAUUGCAGCUUUCAACCUCAACGGUCUGGUGGCUGCGCCGCUGACUCCCUCUUCAGGCACCAGCACACCUCCAGGCUUCACCGCCACAGCUGUUCCCAGUUUAGCUGCACCCAUUGGUGUAAAUGGAUUCAGCACUCUCCCACCCCAGACCAAUGGACAGCCCACAUCAGAUCCAAUCUACACCAAUGGGAUCCAUCCGUACCCAGCACAGAGCCCGACGCUCACAGAUCCUCUCCAGCAGGCGUAUGCUGGUGUCCAACAUUAUGCAGCAGCGUAUCCCGCUGCAUAUGCACCCAUUAGUCAAGCAUUUCCCCAGCAAGCAGCCAUCAUCCCUCAACAACAGCGAGAAGGACCGGAGGGCUGUAACCUCUUUAUUUACCACCUGCCGCAAGAGUUUGGCGACGCUGAGCUCAUGCAGAUGUUUCUGCCCUUUGGCAACGUCAUUUCCGCCAAAGUCUUUGUGGACCGGGCCACCAAUCAGAGCAAGUGUUUUGGUUUUGUAAGCUUUGAUAACCCGUCUAGUGCUCAGGCAGCGAUUCAGGCAAUGAAUGGUUUUCAGAUUGGCAUGAAGAGACUGAAGGUUCAACUAAAGAGGCCGAAAGACGCCAAUCGUCCAUACUGAUAAUGAACUGACGGCUGUAGCGCCCCCUAAAGGAUGAAGAACUACAACAUCUUAUUUCCAGAAGUGCAGUAUUAAAGACUUUAGCGCUGCUACAUAUCACAGGAGGCGAGCGCUCAUCACCGAGGCCUGAAAUGAAAGUGGAACACAAAGAUUUUUUCGGCCAACUUUUUCCCCGUUUCUGCUUUGGCAUUUGCAGGAUACAUUUUGCAGAUAUCAACUUUUUUGCUGCUGUUUUAGACAAGAUUUGAAGAAACCUUUAUGAACGCAUUAUGCUGAGAGCAUGCAGAAACAAACCCAUAUACACACUCGCACAGAGAUUAUUCCUUAUAGCCUUUACACAUGCACAUAUAAAUACGAAACAGAUCCGUAUUUUGAAAAUGUAUUGAUAUCUUUAUGCACACACGAACACACACCAGCCUGCUGCCGUUUUGGUUUUCGUGCCUCUACACUGCGUUGACUGGAGGAAAAUCCAGGAAUAUUAAAAUGCAUCAUUCCUUAGAGAAUAGGGACCAAAGGACUACACGCUUUUUAAAAGAAUAUACAUAUAUAAAUAUAUAUUUAAAAAGAAAAACAUACAUUGUAGCUGCGAGUAUAAAGAUUAUUAACAUUAAGAGUAGAAAUGAGAAUGUUUAUAUCAUCUAAGAGAGAAAUGAGACAUUCGAUAUUGAAUGUUCUCUUCAUGUAGAUUAGAUUAUAGCAGUAGACUUGCUCAUUUUCCAUGUUUUCUAUUUGUUUUUUUAGUGAAAAUAAUACUUGAAGAAAAUGUACAAAAACAGACGUUAAGCUGACGGUCAGUGCGCCUUCUUUCCUGAACACAACCGUCUGCUCAUCGUGUGCUCUCACUUCUCAUUCCAGCAUUAGACAGACGUGAAAGUGAGUCUGAAUCUGACAGGUGCGGGUUCACAGAAGCCUUUGUCUUAUAAAGCGACAAUCCACACUAAGAGCAGUUAUACGUUUAUCUCUUUCAUGUACAAACUGAACUGAAACUGCCAAAUGAUCAGAACUGAUACUGAAGGAAACAUUCGGAUGAUUAUUUUUCUCUUGAAACUUCCCAAGCACAGAAAAGCAGAUUUCUCUGUCCUGAAAAAAGAUGCAGGACAAAACUACAGCUUUCAGUGUUAAUCCCACAGUAAAAAAAAAACCCUGCUUACACUUCAUCUGUAUCUCGACACAGACAAUCUCAUCUGAUCAUAUCAUGAGUUAAGGCAAACCUUUAUGUCUACAUGUAACCCAUUCAUCCUCCAUUUCAUGAUACAUUUCGAGCUGGAUACACUGCAAAAAUGAUUUUCAAGAAAAAACUUUCUUAGUCUUGUUUUCAGUAAAAAUAUCUAA